AUGCCUGCGCCGGCUCGUGUACGAGAAGGGGAUAUCCCCGGUACCGUCGAUCUCUCAGUCAUUGAAGGCGAAGAUACGGGUGCCAGCUACGGCCAGGCACUGUAUCCUGUUCCGACGGAUGAUCCUAACGAUCCUCUUAACUGGCCAGCAUGGAAGAAGAACGCCAUUCUAGUCAUCGUCUCUGUCUACUCGUUUCUCGGAAACUGUGCGCUCGUUGGACCUUCAGUAUACAUCAGUAUCUACAGUGAGGAGUUUGGGAUCUCGCAUGCUGAUGCGUCGGGGUUGAUUUCGUAUCCGAAUCUUGCAUUUGGAUUUGGCUCAUUGAUCCUCGUCCCAAUGUACCUCAAGUUCGGCCGGCGCUUUGUUACACUCUUAUCCAUGGCGAUUUUCGUUGCCGGCCUCAUCGGCGCCUCCAGGGCAACAAGCUACACUGGCCUCAUGGCUGCCCGCGUCUUUCAUGGCUUCGGCAGUGGCGUGUGCGAGUCUCUACCAGUGCAGCUCGUCAAUGAUAUCUUCUACCUCCAUGAACGAGGAAAGCGCAUUGGAUACUAUACAGUGUGCCUCUGCCUUGGCUCAACGGGCCCUCUAUAUGCAGGCUACAUGCUCGCCGGCGGUUACUCGUGGCGCCUCUUCUUCUACGUCGUGGCAGCCUUCUCCGGAGCCCUAUUCGUAGCUGCGUUCUUCCUAGCCGAGGAGUCGAGAUAUCACCGGCCAGAUGUCGAGACCGAGCCUACAGAAGCGCAAGUGUCUGAGGAAGAAGGCGAGAAGCAGACCGAAGCCACGCAGGUCGAAUCCCUCCCAGACCCGACGAUUCCUCGCCGAAAGUCCUUUUGCGAAACCCUAAAACCGUGGGCCCCAAUCGACCAUGAAGCCGAAUUCUUCGCUACAAUUCUGCGCUCCUUCGCAUAUUUUCUCGUCCCCGCUGUUUUCUGGGUUAUAACCAGUUUCGGAAUCUACAUCGGCCUCGGCGCCCUAACAUUCAACUACACCUUCCCCCUCCUCAUCACAGCACCACCCUACAACUGGCCACAAACCUCCUCGGGCCUAAUCGCCCUCGCCACAAUCCUCGGCUUCACCCUCGCCCUCCCCUUUACUUCCACAUCCGACCGGCUCGCCGCCCACCUGACACGACGAAACAACCACGUCCGCGAAGCCGAAAUGCGCCUGCCCGCCCUCCUCCCCGGCGCGCUCCUGGCACCCGCCGGCCUAAUCGUCUACGGGCUAACCGCUGAACACAGUUUACACUGGACAGGCUUCUUCGCGGGUGUUGCAAUGGUUCAAUUCGGAAGCUACUUCUUCUUCACGUUUACGUUGGCGUAUGCGGUCGACAGUUACUAUGUGGGGACGAGCGAGAUGCUCAUUGCGAUGAACCUGGGGAAGCAGGCGGUUAGUUUUGGGAUGGGGAGCUUUUUGCUGGAUUGGAUAACGGGGAGGGGGUAUGCGGUUGUUAUUGCCGGGGUUUUUUGUGCGGUUGCCGUUGCGAAUAAUUCGUUGCUUGCGGCGUUUUGGGUUUGCGGGAAGAGGGUUCGGAGGUAUACCGCGGGGAGUUGGUUGGGGAGAUUGGGUAAGAAUAAUAAGAGUGGGGGGGAGGCUUUGUAG